CUUUAUUCCACGUUGUCCAUGAUUGAGUCGCAUGUCAGCUGAUCUAACCUAACUUCAUUGGUCUUCGAUGGAGCGUUUGUGAGCGACAGCGAUCGUCACAAGAUCAAUUUAGAAAUGUGUAUUCGGCAAUGUAGUACCGGCUUUCGAGAUAAAGAUAUCAGCAGUGAUCGGGGCUAAAGUUUCCGGCGAAAAAGAAUGGCACGCACGGAUUAGCUCGAAAAGAAUGCUCCCGAUACUGAGAAAGCUCGGGAUACUGUCCCGUCUGAUACUAUGGCGACUCUCCGCUGUGUUCCUGGUGCAGACCGCUCAUGUGCCAGACGAGUAUUGGCAGUCCUUGGAGGUAGCUCAUCGUGUGGCCUUCGGUUACGGACACCUGACCUGGGAAUGGGCGGCGAUGAUCCGUAGUUACGCGUAUCCGUUCGCGAUAUCGAUCCUAUAUCGCGCACUCGCUGUGUUCUCCUUAGACUUCGCGUGGCUUCUGACCACAUUGCCUCGGGUUUUUCAAGCAAUUCUCGUUGCUUACGCGGAUUACAGAUUUUACCAGUGGACCAGGUGCAAGUGGAUGCUGCUGGUCCUGUGUCUCAACUGGUACUGGUACUAUUGCGCCACGAGAACCCUGAUCAAUACCGUCGAGACCGCCGGCACCACCAUAGCUCUGACGAUGUUCCCGUGGAAGGACAGUCGCGUGCAAAGUGCCAAGUUCCUAUGGAUCGUGGGCUUCCUCUGCAUGGCGAGGCCUACCGCGGCGAUCGUGUGGCUGCCUCUGUGCGCGUAUCACAUCUGCACGGGCGAGAGAGUCGCGUUGCUCGGUCGAUACGCGGUGAUUGGCGCCAGCUGCUUCGCGAUCUCCGUGCUGAUAGAUAGCGUCUGCUACGGCACUCUCGUCAUCACCCCGUUGAAAUUCUUCCAAGUAAACGUGCUCGGGAGCGUCGGCGACGUGUACGGCAAGCAGCACGCGUUGUGGUACAUCUUCAUCGGGCUGCCGGUGUUGCUCGGGCCGUAUUACAUUCCGUUUCUCUUCGCCGCCUGGCGGAUACUCCGACAUCCCGUUCGUUUCCAGCGGGAAACGGUCAUGCUCGCGGUCAUCGGUUGGACGUUGACGGUUUACUCGUUACUGUCCCACAAGGAAUUCCGCUUCAUCCUGCCGCUUCUACCAAUGUUUAUCUGCGCGAGCUCGGCCAGCACGUAUCACUUGAAAAUCAGGAUCACAGAGUAUAGUCGCAAAUGCAUCUUAGCGUUGUUGGUGUUCAGCAACCUCGGGCCUGGCCUCUACUUCUCCGUGGUCCAUCAGCGCGGCACGUUAGACGCGAUGACGCUCUUGCGGGACGAGAUCUCGCAGGCGAGUCCUUCGCAGCCGACGGACACGCUGAUCCUGACCCCGUGCCACGCCACGCCGCUCUACAGCCACUUGCACACGAACGCGUCGGUGAGAUUCUUGACUUGCGAGCCGAAUCUGAACCAUUCCGCGGAUUACGUGGACGAAGCGGACCGGUUCUUCGCAGACCCGGCGGCUUGGCUUGACGCUAAUUAUGUUAACGAUAAACUCACCGCGUACGUGUUGGUGUUUGAUAACGUUCCGGGCAAGAUAGCGGAAUUUUUGCGCACGUACAAAUUGAUCGCCAGGGUAUUUCAUACGCAUUUCCCCGAGUCGAAUUAUGGAAGAUACGUGUUGCUGUACAAACGCGCAACGUUCGAGUAACGCUCCAUCGCAUCUUCUUAAGACGUACUCUCGAAAGUAAAAUCAGUGUUAUUCUUCAUUGGAGUACUGAGCUACAUGAGAUUUCGCCGAAAGAAUCAAUUAAUAGUAGCAACCGUUAUACCCGUAUUAGAUCAUGGAUUGGAAAUUAGAACUUGGCCAAUUGGAACAAAGCAAACUAAGACCAAAGUUCAUCGAUUCGUCGAAAUGUAAUUUUCAAUCCGCGAUCCUCUAUCUCCUGUCCAUAGUGUGAUACGGGCUUUAAGUCCAUAUCAGACUGAAGAUUGAGAAUUAUAAUCGGAUCAAUUAGGUAAUAUCGAAUCCUUGAUUUUGCUUUACUUGAUCGGUCAAAUUGUAAUCCUUAUACUGCAAUUGUAGGCAAAAUCGUAAAACUCGUAACUUGUUCUCGUAAGACUCAUAAGAACUUAUGAGUAGAUCUGCUAUUCUAUGCGGAUCGUAUGUCAUAUAAUAACUCGUAAAUAUCUACGAUUUUUUUUUUGUUUUUUUCGUAAGCUACGACUUUACGGUUUUACGUAUAUUUACUUAGAAUUGCAGCAUUAAUCUAUAAUCUGAUACGGACUUUACCAUUAUUGAUGCAGUUUAAAAAUGCAUCAAUUAGAAUUCUUGAGUGAUGACGUCGAAA